ACGUCAGAUGGAGAUGUCGAGUGACGAGUUUGUGUAGCAAAAAAAUAAUUUAUUUGUCGACGUUUUUGUGUUAUAAUUAUGUGAAUAAUGAGAUGAAAGUGUAAAUAAAUGUUAGAUUAGUUUUCGCUAGUGAUUAUGGCGCAUAGUGGUGGUGUUUUAAGUUCAGAUAUAUCUCGUAGGAACCCGCAAGAUGAGUACGAGCUCAUUCAGAGGAUUGGAUCAGGCACUUACGGAGACGUCUACAAGGCGAAACGCCUCAACGGCAAUGGCGAGCUCGCAGCCAUCAAGGUGAUAAAACUGGAGCCGGGCGACGACUUCGCGAUCAUCCAGCAGGAGAUCCUCAUGAUGAAGGACUGCCGCCACCCGAACAUCGUCGCCUACUACGGCUCCUACCUACGCAGGGACAAGCUGUGGAUCUCCAUGGAGUACUGCGGCGGGGGCAGCUUGCAGGUAAUCUGCGCCACAGUCCUUCGUUCUCAUGAUGGAGCACUGCCAGCCGAACAUCGUCGCCUACUACGGCUCCUACCUGCGCAUGGACAAGCUGUGGAUCUCCAUGGAGUACUGCGGCGGGGGCAGCUUGCAGGUAAUCUGCGCCACAGUCCUUCGUUCUCAUGA